CGCUCAGGGCUGGACCCCCGACCCCGGCCGGCCCCCGCCCGGCUCCAGUCCCCGCCACUCUUGCUAGGCACCCUGUGCGGUCGGGCAGGCAGCCGCUCCCAGCGACCUGGGCCUCUUGUCCUCUGACGCGCCUCGGGGCAGGGGCCGAGGCCGCCCACUAGAGGAACAGGAUCUGCCUACGCAGCUGUCUCGCCCGGCAAAGAGCGCCCAGCACCCGAGACUGCGUCCUCUUCACAGAGACCUGGCGCAUAGGGGGCCUAGUCGAGGCUGUUAAAUGAAAGGAAGAAGGGGUGGCGUGGGCCUGGCGCUCAGGUGCGCCCUAAAUGUUUGGUCAUAGCUGGCUACAAGGACAUUCGCGCAGGCUUGGAGGUGCGGGGCACCCUGACGUGUUGCCUCUGGGGUAACCGAGGGACGCGCGGCAAACAGAGAUGGAGGACUGGCAACGGGUGCCUCGAAGAGAGUCUCACUCUGUUGCCCAGGCUGGAGUGCAGUGAUGUGAUAUCGGCCCACUGAAACCUCUGCCUCCCAGCUUCAAGUGAUCCUCCCACGCGAGCCUUCCUACCAGCUGGGAUUACAACCAUCCUCCAAUAAAUUCAAGUUUUUAUUUUGGAAUGACUUUCCAUUUAAAGAAUUUCGAGGAUACUGCAAAGAGUUCCAGUAUAUCCUUCAUUCAUCUUUCCCUAAUGGGAGAGAAGGAUUAUUUAAAAAAAAAAAGAGAGAAAUGAUACCAAGUAAUCCAGCUUUAGUCUUUGUUGACUGAAGUGGGUAUUAGGAGCUUUGGCCAGUCAAAGCAAAAGGUAGCGAAAAGAUAGUCACAUCAAGGUGUCCAAGUUAAGAAAACCAGGCAGUAGAAUUCAAGGAGACCAUGUCAAAUCCUGUCAGCAGUCAAGGUCAGAAAGGAAGCCACUUCCUAACGACCCACACCACUGGUGGUCUCAUCACGCUGUUGCACCAUUUGGAUGUUUUCUAAUUGUCCCGGGCUGUUUUCUCUCCAAUUGGACUGUAAACUCCUGGCAGGCUCAGGCAGUGGUUUGAAGGUCUCUCACACGGUCCAACCUUAAGCGAAAAGCACGGCCGGGCGCGGUGGCUCACGACGGUAAUCCCAGCACUUUGGGACGCCAAGGCGGGCGGAUCACCUGAGCUCAAGAGUUCGAGACCAGCCUGGCCAACAUAGUGAAACCCUGUCUCUACUAAAAAUACAAAAAUUAGCCAGGUUUGGUGGCGCGCGCCUGUAGUCCCAGCUACUCGGGAGCCUGAGGCAGAAGAAUCGCCUGAACCUGCGAGACGGAGGUUGCCGUGAGCUGAGAUUGCGCCACUGCACUCCAGCCUGGGCGACACAGUGAGAAAGAAAGGAAAGAGAGAAAGAGAAAGAAAAAGAGAGAGAAAGAGCCAGACAGCAAGCAAGCAAGCAAGCACCUCAACAGAGACGUAAAGAAAGACAGAGACAGAAAGAAAGAAAGCACCUCCUCAGCUUCCCAUAGCGCAGACUUGCUCGACCAGAGAACCUACGGUCAGACGACACAUCCACUGCCACACCCAUACCCAAGCCGGGACGCGGAGCCGCUUCUACCCGCCCACACCGGAGAGGUUGCUCGCGAUUGGCCGGGCGGGCACAGAGGCCCGCCUUCCGAAGGUGGCAGGGCAGCCUCCUCAUCUAAGCCUAGGUCGCCGCCUCGGAGAGGGGCCGCGGGGCCGAGCGCGGGAAGUGGCGUCCAGUCGGUUUUUGGCAGGCGAGAGCCAGAGGGUGAGAACCCUCCCACGGCGAGGCCAAGCCCUGAGACUGGACUAGCAAGGUGGUGAGUCUGUCAGCUCUCCGCAGCUAAGGGGCGCGGGGGGCGGGGAUCGUGCCCGACCCUGCCAGCUCCCGCCCCGGAAGCGGAAGUGCAAGCACUGCGGGGUCCUGUCCAGUGUGAGCCAGACCCGAGCUCCAGUAGUUCCGCCCGCUGGUCAUCGCGCCCUUUCCCCUGCCGGUGUCCUGCUCGCCGUCCCCGCCAUGCUGUCUCUAGACUUUUUGGACGAUGUGCGGCGGAUGAACAAGCGGCAGACGGAGUUUCACCCUUGUUGCCCAGGCUGGAGUGCAAUGGUGCGAUCUUGGCCCACUGCAACCUCCGCCUCCCAGGUUCAAGCAAUUCUUCCACCUCAGCCUCCCGAGUAUCUGGGAUUACAGCUCUAUUAUCAAGUCCUAAAUUUUGGAAUGAUUGUCUCAUCGGCACUAAUGAUCUGGAAGGGGUUAAUGGUAAUCACUGGAAGUGAAAGUCCGAUUGUAGUGGUGCUCAGUGGCAGCAUGGAACCUGCAUUUCAUAGAGGAGAUCUUCUCUUUCUAACAAAUCGAGUUGAAGAUCCCAUACGAGUGGGAGAAAUUGUUGUUUUUAGGAUAGAAGGAAGAGAGAUUCCUAUAGUUCACCGAGUCUUGAAGAUUCAUGAAAAGCAAAAUGGGCAUAUCAAGUUUUUGACCAAAGGAGAUAAUAAUGCGGUUGAUGACCGAGGCCUCUAUAAACAAGGACAACAUUGGCUAGAGAAAAAAGAUGUUGUGGGGAGAGCCAGGGGAUUUGUUCCUUAUAUUGGAAUUGUGACGAUCCUCAUGAAUGACUAUCCUAAAUUUAAGUAUGCAGUGCUCUUUUUGCUGGGUUUAUUCGUGCUGGUUCAUCGUGAGUAAGAAGCCUGCCUUGCUGUUCCUGGGAAGAUGCCAUACUUUUCGUUACUGGAUGUUUGGAGUAGAUACUGGUCUGUGAUUGGUGGAAUGGAGAACACACGUGUUGGUGCUUCUUGGUAGCACUGGUUUGCAUUAGUUUAUGUUUCCACGCCAGAGUUUGUGUGGGCGGGCGCACAUGCACCACAGAGUGCACUUGAGGGGACUUUCAAUCACAGGAUUUCAUAAUUGUCAUUGUCACACUUUCAAAUUUUUGUACAUCAGUGAAUUUUUUAUAUUAAAAGGUUGAGCCAAAGCCCCCAGUGUUUGUAUUUUGAAGCCAAGCUUCACUUCUAAAGUGCCUACAGAGACUUGUAAAUGAAAAUGCAGCUCUGCACGAGUUUGAAACCGUCAUACCUCCUUCUAAUAGGAAUGGCAUAUACUGAGGUGGUCGUAAGUCUUAACUUUUAAAAUUUUAAAUAAAAGACUUUGCACAUUGAA